AUGAUGAUCAUUUUCGCUAUAGAAAGAAGUAGCUUGCAUAGAAGAAUAGCUCUCAAAGUUCUUCUAGUAUUCGGUUGCUCACAUUACAGGUUAAGCUUCAUAUUGUUCUUCACCACUAUGUUCUCAGCUAUGUGGCUUUCAGAUAUAAUUGCUUGCGGCCUCAUGAUGCCACUCGUGAAAGCUAUUUUAAUGGAAUUGGAGCGGGUUGUUGCUGUGAUAGUAAUAAUCGCUUGUAUUCUCCAAACAUGCUUAAGUUCACCAUAUAUCGAAAGAUUUUCAGAAAAUCACAGGGUUCUGUCUACUUAUUUUUACACUUAUAAAUCAAAUUAAAAUCCGUUCAAAAUCAAUAUUUUAUUAGCUCCAAUAAUACUUAUGUUAGCACAGUUAUUACAUCAGUUUCACGCCUAACAAUUUUGUGCUAUAAAUAGUAGGAGUUCAGAUAUUAUAUUUCGAAUUUCAUUCUAAUUACACAUAUAAAAAGAACCUGGGACCUCAGAGAUGGCGACACCUUGAAACCGGCGAGCGAAUCACUCUGCUUCUGAGGUUGUUUAAAAAUGAUGGUUUUCGAAGGGUUAAUGUAUUAUCAUUAAUUAAGAACACUUUGUAAUAUUAACCCUUCUGCUUAUUGUACCAGCAAGCAGUUGUGCAUCUGUAGAAGCUCUGAAGGAGUCUGGCAUGAUACGUGAGCUGGAGCGUCCUCUACUGGCGAUAGCAGACUGGCCGGCAUCAUUGCUGGCGUUGGUCGCCAUCUUAGCGUGCAAAUUGCUCACGGAAUUUGCCGCCAACCCAUGCGUGGCUUAUUGCGUGCUGCCUAGUUUUGCCCGUCUGGUAUUGAUGAUGAACUCCUCAUAUUUAUAUUUCCUCAUAUUAGAAAUAAAAUUCCGUGCGAAGGUUAAACAACUUUUGCAAUAAGUUCUAGGAUGGGUGACCAAAAAUUUAUUACAUCUGCAGUUGUUACCAUCAAUCAGCAAGGGCUAGUAGGCCAAUUCUCAAUUAUUUGCAAUUUGCCAUUAUAGUAGUUACCUGAACUCUAAUAUAAUUAUAUAACUAUUGACAUGUGAGGAAGACAUUGCACUAAUAUUAAUUGGAAUACAAUGUUAAAAUGCAAAUCAUUGUGAUGCAAUUAUAACGUAAACAUUAGUAGAAUUCGUCUGAUGUUGAGAUAAAUAUAUAUUUUUAUUAUAUAUUUAGAUAUAG